CAUUUCUUCAACGUAAUAUUUAGCAAAGCAUGUGGAAGCUGCUAAAAGUCUCAAAUCUUCAAGGUCGAGUCCCUCUCCCUCUCAAGCACACUUCUUGUGAGAGGUUCAAGAUCCGACCCUUGCCGACGACCACCAUGUUCUUCGAAUUCCGAUCCAUUACCUUCUUCCUUCUCCUCCUCUUCGUCUGUCUUUCUCCGGCGUUCGCGUCCGAGUCAGAUCACAGGUAUCAACAAGAUGACCCAGUUACCCUUUGGGUGAACAAAGUUGGUCCAUAUAACAACCCACAAGAGACAUACAAUUACUACAGCCUACCAUUUUGCCGUCCGUCUAAUGAUCCUACUCACAAAUGGGGUGGUCUUGGGGAGGUCCUUGGUGGCAACGAACUCAUUGAUAGCCAAAUUGAGAUAAAGUUUCGAAAAAAUGUGGAUAAAAAUACUAUUUGCCAGCUGGUUCUUGAUGAUGCAAAGGUCAAACAGUUCAAGGAUGCAAUAGAGAACAGCUACUGGUUUGAAUUCUUCAUGGAUGAUCUACCUUUAUGGGGGUUUGUUGGUGAGCUACAUCCUGAUAAGAACAGUGAUAUUGGAAAGCAUGUCCUCUAUACCCAUAAGAAAAUUGUGGUAAAAUACAACAACGACCAGAUUAUUCAUGUGAAUCUCACUCAAGAGAGUCCAAAGCCUUUGGAAGCUGGUAGACCUUUAGACAUGACAUAUUCCAUCAAAUGGAUUCCUACGAAUAUCACUUUUGCACGGCGUUUUGAUAUCUAUCUUGAUUACCCUUUCUUUGAGCAUCAGAUCCACUGGUUCUCCAUUUUUAACUCUUUCAUGAUGGUCAUCUUCCUUACUGGAUUGGUGUCAAUGAUACUAAUGCGAACUUUGAGAAACGACUAUGCGAAAUAUGCACGAGAAGAUGAUGAUUUGGAAACUCUGGAAAGAGAUGUUAGCGAAGAAUCUGGCUGGAAGCUUGUACAUGGUGAUGUUUUUCGGCCUCCUCGCAAUUUGGUUCUUCUUUCAGCUGUUGUGGGUACGGGUGCUCAGUUAGCAGUGCUGGUUCUUCUUGUCAUCUUGUCGGCUAUUGUUGGCAUGUUGUAUGUAGGGCGAGGAUCAAUUGUUACAACCUUCAUAGUCUGUUAUGCUCUCACAUCAUUCAUUUCUGGUUAUGUGAACGGUGGAAUGUACUCAAGAAAUGGAGGUAAAAGUUGGAUUAAAUCCAUGAUCCUCGCAGCAUCUCUGUUCCCAUUCAUGUGCUUUGGAAUUGGUUUUAUUUUAAACACAAUUGCUAUAUUCUAUGGGUCUCUAGCUGCAAUCCCAUUUGGCACAAUGGUAGUUGUCUUUGUCAUAUGGGCUUUCAUCUCUUUCCCUCUAGCACUUCUUGGCACAGUUGUUGGAAGGAACUGGAGUGGUGCUCCCAACAAUCCUUGCCGUGUAAAGACCAUUCCUCGUCCCAUUCCUGAGAAGAAGUGGUACCUCACGCCAUCUGUUGUUUCUCUGAUGGGAGGAUUGCUUCCCUUUGGCAGCAUAUUCAUUGAGAUGUAUUUUGUGUUUACAUCCUUCUGGAAUUACAAGGUGUACUAUGUCUUUGGCUUCAUGCUGCUGGUUUUUCUGAUUCUUAUCAUUGUUACCGUUUGUGUGACAAUUGUGGGGGCAUACUUCUUGUUAAAUGCCGAGAACUACCACUGGCAAUGGACUUCUUUCUUUUCAGCCGCCUCAACAGCUGUUUAUGUGUACAUGUACUCAAUAUACUACUACCAUGUGAAGACCAAGAUGUCAGGCUUUUUCCAGACCAGUUUCUAUUUUGGAUACACCUUGAUGUUCUGUCUCGGACUAGGAAUCCUUUGUGGAGCUGUCGGUUAUCUGGGUUCGAAUUUGUUCGUCAGGAGGAUUUACAGAAACAUUAAAUGCGAUUAGGGCUUCUUUGGUGAGCCAAGACCUGAGAGCACACUUGCAAGUUUGUUGCUGGAGACAAUUUUUUGACGAAGCCAAUGGUGACAGGUAGAUUCACUGGGAUUUGGGUAAAUGAGGUGAUGUAUUCCUUUUUCUGGAUUGGGGAAGCCUUGAAUAUUUUUAACCCCGGACCGAAACUUAGAAUGCAGGAAUAUUAUCGUUGUAAUCUGAAUAGAUAGCAAAAUAUUAUAAUUUUUGUCUUUCCAAAAAGCAAAAAAGAAAAAGAAAAAAAGACUUGUGUUGCAUUUUCAUCCCUUUAUAAUCAGAUGCCACAUGGAAGCACUGAUGUCUGAUUCAUUCAACCUGAAUUACUUGGCUUUAGCUCUCCAUUCAUCCAUGUACGUAGAGGGGAUGAAGUCAAGGCUUGGGGUGAGAGAUUGGAACAUGGACACGGCAAGGAUAAGAACAAAUAUUCUCCGAAGGAAGGAAUUUGUACUCUACCUCUUCUAGUGAAUAAUAAAAACAACGCAUAAAUAUACUUUUUCAAGAAAAUUUGGUCAGUAUUUCCUUGUGAUGUGUCAAGAACAAAAUGUAGGAAAGAAUGCAUUUAAUGUUGAUAUUUUUAUUGCUAUAUAUAAUAUUAUUAUA